CGCGUGAGAGAGAGAUAUAUUAGAAGCAUUACAUAAUAAUAUUCGUGGAACAUCGUCUAGAUCCCCAAACUUAAAAAAAAACAUUGAAAAAUUGGACUCUCUGCUCUUCUCUGCUCUGCUUUCUCAGUCUCUCUGUCACUUUCUGUUGAGCCGGCGAUUCAGCAACUGAAGUCCAACUCAGUGAGUGAUGGGUGGCGAGUUACGAUACGAGAUCGCACAGAAUGCCUACAUAAAGCUGGUGCUGCACGCUCUCAAGCACAAGAGCUCCGCCGUCAACGCCGUCCUCCUCGGCCGCGUCUCCUCCCAAAACGACGCCGUCGAGAUAACGGACUCCGUCCCUCUCUUCCACUCGCAAAUCGGCCUCCUCCCCCAACUCGAGAUCUCCCUCAUCCUGAUAGAGGAGCACUAUGCUGCUAAAGGAGUGAGCAUUGUGGGCUAUUUUCACGCCAACGAGAGGUUUGACGAUCACGAGCUCGGCGGCAUUGCCAAGAAUAUCGGCGAUCACAUCUAUCGCUAUCUUCCUCAAGCCGCAAUUCUUUUGUUAGACAACAGGAAGCUUGAAGCUUUGACAAGAACUAAGGACCGGAGCCCCGUAAUGCAGGUGGGUACCUUUAACUAUUUUUUCUUUUCUUGGGGUUAAUAUGUUCUUGUUUUU